AUGGAAGAGGAAGUGUUAAGAUUAGUGCGCGCUGACCCUAUGACAAGCAUUCGUCUCUUGUCAAUAAGACUGAAUGUACCAAGAAUAACAAUCUGGAGAAUUCUUAAGAAAGAAGGCCUCCAUCCUUAUCACUUCCGGCGUGCUCAACAUUUGGAAGAUGUGGAUUACCGUGCGAGAUCUGUGUUUUGUAGCUGGAUUUUAUCGCAACAAAGAACCAAUCCUGAGUUUCUAAAGAAGAUUUUGUGGACGGACAGAGUACAUUCACAAGGGCGGGUAUUACAAACCACCGAAAUCUUCAUGUCUGGGCCGCUGAAAACCCACACGUCAGAAGAAAAACAUCUUUUCAGAAAGAAUUUUCUGUUAAUGUAUGGGCUGGAAUAA